GAGCCUCCACAGAUGAAAGAGGAACAGGAGGAACCAGAAUCUCCACGGAUUAAAGAGGAACAGGAGGAACUCUGCAGCAUUCAGUGGGAAGAACAUCUUGUAUUGAACCAGGAGACUGAUUCCUUGAUGGAGACUCCUACUGAUGAGGAAAGUGAGCACAGUGAACCAGAACCAAACAGUGACCAGGACAUCUCUCACAACUCUACUAGAUAUGCAAAACGGUAUCCAAAGAAGGGACGUCAUAGAGACAUAAGCCACAGUAUCAAUGUAGGCAACUCUCCCAUUUCAGAAAGUCAGUGUGAUACUAAUGACGGUAAAAAGUCUGUAAUGUGUGACGUCUGUGGAAAAACCUUUAAGAAUAAGUCCAAUAUGAAGAGACAUUACAGAAUCCACACAGGUGAAAAUUAUUGUUGCAAAAUAUGCGACAAAGUCUUCGGUCGUAGCAGUAAUUUGACUGUCCACAUGAGGAGUCACACAGGUGAGAGGCCGUAUCCUUGCAUAACAUGUGGGAAAAGUUUCACGGUGCAUCGUAAUUUAAUUUCACACAUCAGGUCUCACACAGGUGAGAGGCCGUUCCUUUGUGAAAUAUGCGGUAAACGAUUUACUACUUCGUCAUCAUUUGGAAAGCAUAUAACAAUCCACUCAGGUGAAAAGCCGUUCUCUUGCAAGACAUGUGGAAAACGUUUCAGUCAAAGUAGUAUUUUGACUAAGCACAUGAGGACUCACACAGGUGAGAAGCCGUAUACUUGCACAACAUGUGGGAAAACUUUCAGUCUAGGCCAUAAUUUAAAUAUCCACAUGAGACGUCACACAGGUGAGAAGCCAUAUCCUUGCAAAACGUGCGGGAAAGCCUUCAGUCAAAGACCUAAUUUAGUUAUUCACAUGAAGAGUCACACAGGUGAGAAACCCUAUCCUUGUACAAUAUGUGGUAAAACCUUUAGUCAAAGACCAAAUUUAGAUAUCCACAUGAGGACGCACACUGGUGAGAAACCACAUUGUUGUGACACAUGUGGGAAAACCUUCAGUCAGAGUAGUGCUUUAACUAGGCAUAUGAGGACUCACACAGGUGAGAAACCACACUCUUGUGACAUGUGCGGUAAAGCCUUCAGCCUUAGUACCACUUUAACAUUUCACAUGAGGACUCACACAGGUGAGAAGCCGUACCCUUGCACAACAUGUGAUAAAAGUUUCAGCCGAAGAAUGUAUCUGACUCUCCACAUGAGGACUCACACGGGUGAGAAACCGCACUUUUGUACCGCAUGUGGUAAAACCUUCAGUCAAAGUACUACUUUAACAAGGCAUAUGAGGACUCACACGGGCGAGGAGUCAUCCCCCUGAGACAUCUGUGGGGGGAAAAAAAUCCGGGAAACAAAGCUUGAAAAUACAUGUCAGAAUUGGUUCAGAAGAAUGUAUCACUAUGAUGAAAUCCCUGUAUUCCCACAUUUGAAAAAAAUUCACAAACCUUCCUCUCUGUUGCUUCAUAUGUACGUCCUGUUUCUGUUGAUUAAAAUUUUGAUGACC